CCAAAGAGCACUCAAACCAGAUGCAAGCGCUCUUCGGUCUCCUCGCGAUCUCCGCCGCCGCCGUCGUGCACGUCGGCACGCUCCGGCAGGGCCACAGCGCGCGUUCUUUCUCGCCUCGCAUGCAGUUUGGGUCGCACCAAUCCGGCGCGGCGCCGGCGACGCCGUGGAGCAUCAAGUCGGUCUCGCCGGACGGCGCGCUGGUACAGCGGGUGGAGGGCAAGACGCGCAAGACGUGGAAGUUCUCGGACCUCUCCAAGGACCGCGUGCAGGUCGCGCUGGCCAGUGAGGGCCGGCCAAUUAAUUCGGACGUGCAGCUCUGGCUCGGCCCGGACUGGACGCCCUUCACGCUCAAGGCGUACACCGAGGACGGGAAGAUCCGCCCCAUCAUGACGGUCGUCGGCACGCGCAACAAGGCUGCGAUGGUCGAGGUGCGCAACGUGGGCGAGUUCGAGUUCCCCUUCUCCGCGGCGGCCAACUACGCGCAGGGGGCCAUGGCGACCGUUCCGGUCGACCUGCCCGCCUGCACGCCCGGCGAGCGGGUCGACGGCGGCGCGCUCCGCUCCUUCUCCCUUGACUCGGCCACCGAGCAGGUCGAGGUUGUGCUCAAGACGGACGGGAGGCAGCUCAACGCGCGGAUCGAGCUGCUCAACGGGCCCAACAACGCCAAGCAGACGUACGAGGUCUUCACCAACAAUGGCGACCUCAACUCGCUCUGCGUCGCCUUCCACACCCCCGACCCGGCCACGACCGUCCGGAUUGUCAACUGCGCGCCGGUGGAGUUCCCGUGCCAGAUCCACAUCAAGGAGAGCGGGCCGGGAGGAGCAGCGAGCCCGCAGGCCCUCGCAGCAGCCGUGGCGGUGCCGGGGGCGGCGCGGGCGCAGGCGGCGCAGGUGGACGGCCCGACCAUGCGCUAACAAUCUCUCAAUGCAGUGCCUGUGGCACACAGCGGCGCAACCGCAAAAGCUUAGAGCCGUCGCGAUAUAGAGGGCGGGCCCUGGAGGCACGCUUCUCGCCACCUGCUGUGCGCACGCCGUUUCCAUGUGUUAAGCUCUGUUGGCGCGGGCAUUCUGCUUCUGACUGAGAGUAACGCGGGAAAGUC